AUGGACCCAGAGCAUCGCCAUAGAUCCAAGUAUACCCUGGAACUGGACUCGAGAAUGCUAUCUCUCCUACUGGACUCGAAGAUGGUGUGUCCCUUUUACAGUUUUGAAGGUGCGGCCCAGAUCCGCCAAGUCUUUCGAUGUAAAGCUGGCAACACGCCAUGCUUUCGAGUUGAGCCGUCAAGAGUGCGUUUCGAGAUGGGCGAGACCUGGUUGGCUGUCGUGAAUGAUCUAACCAGCAAGCUAGCGGAGCAGGUGGAUGGUUUCGAUCAUCUUGGACUGCGGUAUGCCUUUGAGAACGAGCCUAGAUUCCAGCAGCUGAAUUUCGCAGAACACAUCAAGGAACGCUACGAGGAAGACUGUGUUGAUCAUGAUGCUGCAAUCUGCUAUUCAUCAGGCGUCCUUUCACAAAGAUCAAGGCCAGGAUGA